GAAGCCGCGCCUGCCUCUCCGGCCAUCGGUGCAAAGCAAGGAAGGCAAUAACCACACCAAAACGCCAUCGACGCGGCUGCCCCAAUGGAGCAGCAGCCCACAGUAAACAUAGCCGGCAUCGAGGUCCCCAUCCGCGGCCUGCCCGAGAAGGACCCGGUCCAAGGGACGUCUAAGAAGCCGCCGCCCAAGAAAGAAGUCUUAUUCUGUGGCUACUGCGAGCAGGCCUGCCGGCGGGUGCUGCGGUGCUCGAAAUGUAAAAGUGUGGCCUACUGCGGCGUCGACUGCCAGAGGAAAGCGUGGCCGAACCACAAGAAGCGCUGCGCGCCGCCGCGGCGUACGAAGAGCCUGUGUGCCUGCUGCGGCGCUUUGUCUGAGGUCGCGAACUGCGACGCCUUGGUCGCGGUGGGUUCCUCCACGCCUUGUAGGGUUUGUGGCGAGACGGGCACGGGGGACCCCAUUCAAGAACAUCAGCGAUUGCGCGAGCUACUAAAAAAGAAACCGACGGGGCCCCACGCGUCGUUAGCUAGAGCAUUGGUAGGCAAGUACGCUUUGGAUCGGUAUCGCGAGAAGCCGGAGCGUGAAGAUGACGACCCGGAGCGAUUAUUAGCUUUAGAGACGCUGACGCUGUCCGCUAGAGCCGGCGUCGCGGCGGCGGCGGCGGCGCUUGGGCAGCUGCACUACUACGACGCCCUCGACGCGCAGGAGGCCUUUGAUGUGUUGUGCAAGGCGUCCGGGAAUGAGGCGGGCGUCGCGCCGCGAAUCCCGGACCACCUCAAUCUCGCGCGGGGCUGGUACAAGGAAGCGCUCGAGUCGCGCGGCGAGUACCGGCUCUCGGACGCGGAACGGGAUCGCGUCCUCCGGCUGCCGCACGUGCAGAACAUUGUGGGGGUCGGGCAGGGCACGGUGGCCGUGUCUACCAGUUAAGUUGAGUUAACAUCA